UUUUUGCGUAGGGCAUUCAUACAUGCCGGCACUGGGCUCUGGUUUCAAUACUUGCAUUUAAAUGGAUUUUGUUUUGGUCAAAUUUCGAAGCAGUAGCAUCAGUUUCAUAGAGAAUGGGAGCAAAAGAAGUGGACAAUGCUGAGUUAAGCGACAAAGCUUUGGUGGUUGCCAUUAGAAAGGCACUUACAUCUGCCCAAAGUGGGGAUACCGAUCGAUAUAAUGAGCUUGUUCAGUUAAUGUACAUUAUAAAGAAACCUGAUGAUGUCGAUGUUGUGGCACAGUUGCAGACACUCUUGAAAAUUCUAUCACGCUCUGUUGCUUGCUUAGAUGAAGUUCACCAUAAAGUCCUUCUUGAUCGUAUUUUUGGGACGACAAUUUGGGAUCACAAACCUAAUGUAAAUGUAAUGUAUGCAUUGCUGGACCUAAUCGUAUCACUGGCCACUACUAGUGGAAAGCAUCUGAGCUCUUGUUUAAAUAUGCUCGUCUCUAAUUUACUUUCGCAACCCCGCAUACUCGACAAUAAGAUGCUGGAACUUCUUUCCCGGGUGCACGCAGCUCUUCACAAGAUUUCUUUUUUAGUUCCCCUUGCUCCCUCGAUACUACUGCCCAUACUCGCCCAGAGUUUGCCUAGCGUACACGACAAAGACCGCUUUCAGCUUGUAGUGCCAUACGUGGAGAACUUGUUGCAGUUGGAAAACAGCUCAAUCGGAAAAGUUUUUGGCAACGUCAUUCUUAGGGUGGUAAUGGAGAGGUUGCUAGAUCUCGAUUUGGAGAUUGGGUGGGAUGAUAUUCUCCAAGAUGACUCCGCCAUUGCCAUGUUUGAUAUGGAACUUGACCUUGCAGUUGAAGGCACUACCAAUGAAGGAGAGGAGUUUCCAGUUCGGUCUCUAAAUCAAAAUGGAAAUGCCGUCUCUGACUUGUUGGACGACUUAAUGGUCCUAUAUUUUGAUCAUCUUAAAUCCUGUCAAGAUUCUGGUCGUCUGGAUGAGGUGUUUGAAAAUCUGUUCGAGUCGUUUGUGAACUUAAUUCUGAACGCGCAAAAAACAAAAAUUUCACAGUUCCUGAUGUUCUAUGCGUGCUCACUAGAUCCUGAAAAUUGUGGUGUGAAAUUUGCCAGUAAGCUGUUGGACAUAUUUCUCAACAGCAACAACAACAAUCAAGUUACUAGGACGAAUGCAGUGGCUUAUCUAGCUAGCUACUUGGCUCGUGCAAAGUUUUUGCCUGCUUCUUUUGUGGCUAGCAUGUUGAAAAGAUUGGUGGAUGAGUGUGCGGAUUACUGCAGAACAUGCAAUGAUGAUGCUAGGCCUGAAGAACAUCAAGUUUUCUAUUCAGUAUGUCAGGCAAUCUUGUAUUUGUUAUGCUUCCGAAUGAGAUCAAUCCUAGAUGUUCCUCGCUUCCGAUCGCAGAUUACACCAUUGGAGUCAGUUUUAUCUCACAAACUAGACCCGUUGAGGGUGUGCCUUCCAUCUGUAGUUUCUGAGUUCCUUUAUCAAGCCAAAGCCGGUGGUCUGUUCAUUGUCUCCGACGCCUUCAUUUUUGAUGACCUACCUGAGUCUGAGCUUUCUCGUGCUUUAGGUGGCUUCUUCCCAUUCGACCCGUGCUUGCUGAAAAAAACUAACAGACUUAUCUCUCGGGACUUCAUUUUCUGGGAAACGGUGAUAACAGCUUAUGACGAAGAUGAUGAGGAUGAGGUUUUGCCGGAAGUCAUUGUGUAUGGAGAUACAGACAGCGAUGAUGAUGAUGAUGAUGAUGAUGUUCAUGAUAACGAGGUGGACAAGAUGUCUAUAACUCCUAAACACUCCUUCAUGCACGAAACAGAGAGACUCUUGAAGAUGCCUUGGUUGAUCAGACCAUCAACUUGUCAUCGUGAAUCCCUCUGAUUCUAGUGGAGGGAAGGCAAGGGUUCUUAAUAAUUUCUUUUUGCAAGACUUUAAAAUCUAAAAAUACGUUUCUUUAUGAGGAAAGCAAUUUUCGGACUUGGUUUUGUAUGCAAGUUUUGAAAACUUUUGUUCAAUUAAAACACCGUC